GGAGGCGGAGGCGGAGGCGACAGUGACUGUGGCGAGAGGCAACAUGGCCGAGUACUCGCGGCUGCAGAACUCCCUGGCGCUGAUACGCCUCCGAAACCCACCGCUGAACCCGAUCAGUAUGGCUGUCUUAAGUGGAAUAAAAGAAGGGCUACAGAAAGCCAUAGCAGACCCUACAGUAAAAGCCAUUGUGAUUUGUGGAGCGCAUGGCAACUUCUCUGCAGGUGCUGAUAUCCAUGGUUUCAGUGAUCCCGUUAAUUCUGAGUUUAGACUCGGACAUUUGGUAGAUAAAAUGCAGAGAAGCGAGAAGCCCAUUGUGGCAGCUAUCCAAGGCAUGGCUCUAGGAGGUGGACUAGAGCUGGCCCUGGGCUGUCACUAUAGGAUCGCCCACGCGCAGGCUCAAGUUGGCUUCCCAGAGGUCAAGAUAGGACUUCUCCCUGGUGCAAGAGGAUCCCAGCUUCUUCCCAGGCUCAUUGGAGUUCCUGCUGCACUUGACUUAAUCACUUCAGGAAGACGCAUUUUGGCAGACGAAGCACUCAAGCUGGGUAUUCUAGAUGAAAUUGUCGACUCAAACCCAGUUGAAGAAGCAAUCAGUUUAGCCCAGAGAGUUUUAGAUCAGCCUCUAGAAUCCCGUAGGCUCUGCAACAGGCCAGUUCAGAGCUUGCCCAACAUGGAGUCUAUUUUCAGUGAAGCCCUUCUGAAAAUGCGGAAGCAGCACCCUGGGUGCCUUUCUCCGGAGACUUGCAUCCGCGCGGUCCAGGCUGCUGUACGGUGUCCCUAUGAGGAGGGCAUCAAGAAGGAGGAGGAGCUGUUUAUGUACCUUAAGCAAUCAGGGCAGGCUAGGGCCCUGCAGUAUGCUUUCUUAGCUGAAAGGAAUGCACGUAAGUGGUCGGUACCCUCUGGAGCAUCCUGGAAAACAGCCUCGGCCCAGCCCAUCUCCUCAGUCGGCGUUCUUGGCUUGGGAACAAUGGGUCGAGGCAUUGUCAUUUCUCUUGCAAAAGCCAAGAUUCCUGUGAUUGCUGUGGAAGCAGACAGGAAGCAGCUAGAAACUGCGAAGAAAAUUAUAACCUUCCUCUUGGAAAAGGAAGGAUCCAAAAUGCAGAAAAGUGGCCACCCUUGGUCAGGACCAAUACCCAGGUUAACCACAUCUAUGAAGGAGCUUAGUGGUGUAGAUUUAGUCAUUGAAGCAGUAUUUGAGGACAUGAACCUAAAGAAGCACGUCUUUGCUGAGCUGUCAGCCGUGUGCAAGCCAGAAGCUUUUUUGUGCACCAAUACAUCAGCCUUGGACAUUGACGAGAUUGCUUCUUCCACUGAUCGUCCUCACUUGGUCAUUGGCACCCAUUUCUUCUCACCAGCUCAUGUCAUGAAGUUGUUAGAGGUCAUUCCCAACCGAUACUCCUCCUCCACUACUAUUGCCACUGUUAUGAACUUAGCAAAAAAGAUAGAAAAAUUUGGUGUAGUUGUAGGCAACUGUUUUGGGUUUGUUGGUAAUCGAAUGUUGAACUCUUAUUACAAUCAGGCGUAUUUCUUAUUAGAAGAUGGCAGUACACCAGAGGAGAUAGAUGAGGUGCUGGAAGACUUUGGUUUCAAAAUGGGACCUUUUAGAGUGUCUGAUCUUGCUGGGUUAGAUGUGGGUUGGAGAUCUCGAAAGGGGCAAGGUCUUACUGGCCCCAUGUUGCCUCCAGGGACCCCUGCCCGAAAGCGAGGCAGCAGGAGAUACUGCCCAAUUCCUGAUAUGCUCUGUGAAGCAGGACGAUUUGGCCAGAAGGCAGGUAAGGGUUGGUACCAAUAUGAUAAGCCAUUGGGUAGGAUUCACACACCUGAUCCUUGGAUUUCCAAAUUUCUGUCACAGUACAGGGAAACCUAUGACAUUGAACCACGUAGCAUUAGCAAGGAUGAGAUCCUGGAGCGCUGCUUAUAUUCACUCAUCAACGAAGCAUUCUGCAUCUUAGGAGAAGGGAUAGCUGCCAGCCCAGAUCACAUUGAUGUUGUAUAUUUGCAUGGGUAUGGAUGGCCAAGGCACAGGGGUGGACCCAUGUUCUAUGCUUCCACAGUUGGUUUGCCCACAGUGCUAGAGAAGUUGCAGAAAUAUUACAGGCAGAAUCCUGAUGUUCCCCAACUAGAACCUUGUGACUAUCUGAAAAAAUUGGCUUCCCAAGGAAAUCCUCCUUUGAAAGAAUGGCAGACCUUGGCAGGACCCCCCAGCAGUAAACUGUGAUUCUGCCUUUCAGGUUACGCCUCACACUCUGGCAGCAGGUAAUGCUCACUGGAUUUCAUUGAAAUUAAAUCCAAAGGUCUAAAAUAGGUUGCUCUGGGUGGAAAAAAGGCUUUGCUUUGGGCGAUGGGUGCCCAAUGCUGUGUGCAGAUGAUGUUUUAUUGAGUUCUUGACUUGAAACCUAUAUGGUUUUGGGAACCCAUGUCCCCCCAAUAAACAAUAAAAAAUUGCUCUGAAAUACAAAGCUAAAGAAAUAGUUAACUAAAUCUCCUCUUUGGGUCUUCUGUCUGUUCAUUACAAUGGGUCAAAUAUUCAGUAAUGUGCUUCCUAUGCCUCUGAACCUGUCCUUAUCAGAUAAACGACUUCAAUCUCAAUGAAUAAACUCAAGUUAAUAUCUUAAUAGCUAAGAAAAGAGCCUCAGGAACACAUUGAGGUUCCUAAAUGCUUAUAUCAUUAGAGAAAUAUGUAAUCAGUUAAUAACUGAUAAAAGCAACUAAGUUAAAAUAAUUUGACCCCCUUCAGCCUCACACACUAGCACUGAUGGGAAAUCUCACGGGUCCGUCAUUCAACAAACAUUCAUUGCGUCUACCCUGAGCUUCUCACACAGUACUUGGCAGGCCUAGAGUUCAGACUAAUCCAGCAUCGAUGCCUGUGAUCAGGUUCAGUCCAUAGUCCUGGGGCAGAAUGAAAAUGGUUGGCAGGGUAGAGUACACAGUGAGGUCUCUGUGAGUGAGCAUGGAAAGCUGCCCAAGGAGAGGCAGUAUGCAGAUGCAAAACAAAGUUGAAGUUGUAGACAAGACAUGGUUGGGAAGUACUUUGGACCAGAAUGGGGAACUCUGAGUAGUUUGGCAAGUCAUGCUCAAUAUAUGGCCCCCCUCCAAGGCCCCGUCACAAACGGGCACAGUUGUGCUUUCUGCUUUCAAAGGGCUUAGUGAUGUUUGUUGAUAAUUCCCUCCAGAUCAGGGGAUGUCCUGGUCUUUCUUUACUCUUCUAUUCAUGGAGAAAUAAUAGAUAGUAGAAAGCUGUCAACUUAGUGUAAAAAGGGAUCUUAGAGAACAUGUAAUCUUCCCUGAUUCCAGGUUAGAUUUGGAUUCUGUAAUGAUGCCAGUUUUCCUGUCAUGGUAAGCCUCUGUGAUGUUGGGUAUGAAAAUGGUUGAGUCUUGAAAAAUCUAAAAUGAUUCCAAAAUGUUUUGUGCAAUUUUUUUAUAAGACUUCUUGUUUAAUGUUUUGUGUGGUUAAAUGUUGAGGGGCUGGUCAAUACAAAAAACAUUUCUACAGAAAUGUUUACAGCAGAAUUAUUCACAAUAGCCCCAAACUGGGAACCAAGGAAAUGUCCAUCACUGGUGGAUGCGUGAACAAAGUGUGGAAUGGCCAUGCAAUAGGAUAUUUGGCCAUGAAAAGAGGUGAAGUACUGUUACAGGCUACAACAUAAUAGACCUUGAAAAUAUGUUGCUAAGUGAAAGAACCCAGUCACAAAAGGCCAAAUAUUAUGUGAAGAUUUAUAUAAGAUGUUCAGAAUAGGCAAAUCUACAGAAACAGAAAGCAGAUUAGAGGUUGCCAAAGGCUGGAAUUAUUCGGGGUCGGGAAUGGGGAGCGGCUGCCAAUGGUACAGGAUUUCUUUUUGGGUUAAUGAAAAUGUGAAAUUAUUGUGAUGAUUACAAAACUCUGUGAAUCUACUAAAAAGAACAUUGAGUUGUAUACCUUAAAUGAGUUAACUGUAUGGUACAUAAUCAUAAUUCAAUAAAGUUUUGAAUAAAUAAGUAAAUAAGUGGGCUCAAGUUGUUGUCC